GUACUCCAGCCUUGGUGACAGAUCGAGACCCUGUCUAAAACAAAACAAAAAAAAAACACAGCUUUCAUGACUCUCUCCUGCCAUCCCCCACCAUACCCCUCUUCACAACAGCCUGCCACCUCUCACUCCUCCGCAGAGGUACACAUCCUCCUCGGAGGCUGACCAACACAGUUUUCAUCCUGUGCUGUUGAUGUCGUCUGCAUCCAUAUCUACACACCCUGCCCACCACCCCAGCUUGAGGCCAAGUCUAGCAAAUCCCUGUCUCCUCUCCUGAGCACUAAGAGGUUCUGGGUGGGCUGGUCAAGACUGGUUGAAUACAAGUACACCCCACCCCUCCACCCCUCAGGGAAGUGUCGCCCAGCCCUCCCCACCCUCCGUGCAGACACUCUUUCCUGUUGGGAAUAAAAUGCCAGCGACUCAGCUUCCUUCCUUUCUGUUGAUGGCCUUGGGGAGGGAGGAGCCUUGGUGGGAAGAAGGGGCUUCUGGGCUGGGGAGUGGGAGAGAGAUUUCUUUGGGGAGAGGAAUUCAGCUGCACACUGGAGUCAGCUGGAGUUGCCCAGGCCCUGUGAGCAAGUGGCAGGCGUGCCCAGCUGCAUCGGGGGAGAGGGCUGUUCUCAAGACCAAGGUCAUUUGUGGAGGGAGAACUGGACGCCUGAUCAAAUCUGGUAAGUUUUGUAUCAAACUGUCCUGUGCAGCUCAGAGCAGGACCAGGGUCCAGUGGAGGCCUGUGCCCACCCUGACUUGCUUGACAUCUGCAGGAGGCACGACUGGGAAACCUAGCAGGCAAAGCCUCCCAGGUGCCCUCCGCAUCACAACCCCUCCCUCUCACUUCCUGAGAGGGCCAGGAAGAACCUCCUUCCUCCUUCUCAGAAGGGCUUAGACAGAGGCAGCAGCUCAGAGGGGCAUCUACUCUGCCUGCUUGCCCCGGGCCCACCUCAGCUCUGGCUCCUCCAGGCCGGCAAUGGACUCAGCAGCCAAGGAUGAGAUGCAGCCGGAGUUGUCCCCUGGCUCUUCCUGCCCAGGGCCUGAGUGGCCGGAGCAGGAGCGGGCAGAGCAGCUGGCCCGGGGUGCAGCGCUUAAGUGGGCCUCGGGCAUCUUCUACCGGCCGGAGCAGCUGGCCAGGCUAGGCCAGUACCGCAGCCGCGAGGUGCAGCGUACCUGCUCCCUGGAAGCACGCCUCAAGUCAGUGGUGCAGUCAUACCUGGAAGGCGUGCAGACUGGUGUGUGGCAGCUGGCCCAGGCCAUUGAGGCAGUGCAGGGAACCCGGGAGGCCCUGAGCCAGGCCCGUGGGUUGCUCCAGGGCAUGUCCCAGGCCUUACGGACUCUGCAGCCCCUACGGGAGCGGGUUGCCCAGUACAAGCAACUGCAGGCCAUGUCUCACUUGUUGCCUCGGCUGCGGGCAGUGCCAGCUGCAGUGGCCCACACACAGACCCUGAUUGAUGCCCAACAGUUCUUGGAGGCAUAUAUGAGCCUUCGGGAGCUGGAGCAGCUUCGAGAGGAUACGUGGGCACCCCUGGGAGGCCUGGAGUUGCCAGUCUUCCAGGGGCUGGACCUUCUGUUCGAGGCACUGGGCCAGGCUGUGGAAGCAGCUGCAGGGGCCGCGGGGAAGCUGGCACGGGAGGACCCAGCCCUGCUGGUGGCUGCUGUGCGUGUGGCGGAGGUGGAGACUGGACGAACAACCCCCCUGGGCCAGGUCCCCCGGGACUGGCGGCAGCGCUGUCUGAGGGCACUACAGGAGGGCCUGGAGCAGACCCACUUUGGGUCACCUCUGUUGCCUGCGCCAGGGGCCCUACCAGGGUGGCUGGAGGCUCUGCGAGUGGCCCUGCCAGUUGAGUUGGCCACAGCUGAGGCACUAGUAGCGCCUUGCUGCCCGCCGCAGUACAAUGUGGUCCAGCUAUGGGCCCACACACUGCAUAGCGGUCUGCGCCGCAGCCUGCAGCACCUCCUUGCAGGGCCUGAGCUGGAAGCUGCGGAUGCCUUCGCCUUGCUGCACUGGGCACUGCAUGUAUACCUGGGGCAGGAAAUGAUGGGGAGCCUGGAGUUGGGGCCUGAGGCUGAUGUGUCGCAGCUGGAGCCCCUCCUGACCUUGGAGAACAUUGAGCAGCUGGAGGCAACAUUUGUGGCCAACGUCCAGGCAAGCGUGUCCCAGUGGCUGCAGAAUGCACUGGAUGGGGAGGUAGCUGAGUGGGGCCGGGAGCAGGGGCCCAACACGGACCCGUCUGGCUCCUAUUACUCACCAAUGCCAGCCAUCGUGCUGCAGAUCCUGGAAGAGAACAUUCGUGUGGCCAGCCUGGUCAGUGAGUCACUACAACAGCGAGUGCAUGGCAUGGCACUGUCAGAACUGGGCAUAUUCCUGAGGAGCUUCAGUGACGCUCUGAUCCGAUUCUCCCGAGACCACCUCAGGGGGAAAGCAAUGGUCCCUCAUUAUGUGCCCUACCUACUGGCCGCCCUCAACCACCAGUCAGCACUCAGCUCCUCAGUGUCUGUCCUGCAGCUGGACGGGGCGCCUUCAGGGGCCUUAGCUCCGGUGGAAGCUGCGCUGGACAAGUUACAGAGGAGGAUCUGCCGCCUGGUGUUGGAGGCGCUGCAGGUGGAGCUCCAGCCCCUGUUCGCGGACCUGCCCUCGCGCCAGUGGCUGUCGAGCCCUGAGCUGCUGGAAAGUGUGUGCGAACGGACGGGGCGCUUCUGCCGGGACUUCGGGCGCGUGCGGAACCCCACGGUUCAGCUGCUACUGGCUGAGGCCGAGCGCGCCGUGGUGCUCCAGUACCUGCGCGCGCUGAUGCAAGGCCGCCUGGUGUGCCGCGGAGCAGACGAGAGGACCCAGGCGGCCGAGCGCCUGCGGCACGAUGCUGCCCAGCUUCAGCAGCUUUUCCUCGGUUUGGGCCUGGAGGAGAACGCGCACUGCGCGCCGGUGCUGCUCGCCCUGAGGGAGCUGCUAAACCUCCGCGACCCCGCGCUGCUGGGCCUGGAGGUGGCUGGCCUGCAGCAACAGUUUCCCGACGUGAGCGAGGACCACGUCUCCGCCCUCUUGGGCCUGCGCGGUGACUUGUCCCGGGAGCAGCAACUGGCCGCUCUCAGCUCGCUUCAGGCUGCGCUGCCGCCCUCGCCCCGCGCUGGCCGCCGCGCCCUCUUCAGCCUCGUGCCCGCCCCAGCGCCCGCGCCGGCCUCCUGCCUGCCCUCGGGGUCCUGCGCCCGAGCCCGGCUGCUCUCAGAAUAAACCGCGGCUCCCGGACGCCUGAGUGUGUGUGUGUUGGGGAAAGUGGGAUGGAAUAAAAGUGCCCACGAGGGUUCAGGGAAUCCUUGCACAGUGACACGCUUAAAGUAUCCUGGCUCCCGACCUGGUAGACGGGCUGCGCCCCGCCUAUGCAGGCAUUUGCCCUCUGUGCGGACUGCGUUCCCGAGGCCGCGGGCUACGCCCCCACGUCUCAGCGCCCAGGCCGUGAGCAAGAGUCUCGGCCGCCCUGGCCACCUGGGAGCCCCUGAAGCCCAGUAACUCGCUGGGGCCUUGGGAAGGGGGCGGGCCCAGGACCACGAACACCACCCCCUCAGCCCUGCCUGGCUUCGCUCCCAACGGCCUCGGGGGCGCGCCGCCGUGGAGACUGACGAGAAGCUCCCCGCUUUCGUAAGAGCG